AUGGUGCAAUUACCAUACCCGUUACUUCUACUUGGUGCAGUUAUUUGGUGCUCAAUUGUGAUAUUUAUAUUGUUAUUUAUUGGAUACGUGUCAUACCAACAUUGGAAGUACAGUCAUAUUCCAAGUCCACCAAGAGGGAGUUUUUUGUGGGGAAAUAUGCAGCAAAUUAGUACUGCAAUGCAGAAUGGGAAAUCUUUGCAUUCCGAUAUACUUUUAAAAUGGGCUAGUGACUAUGGUCCAAUAUUCAAGUUUUUCACCUUACAUAAAGCCACAGUAGUAGUUUUAGAACCAGAAGUUCUACAGGAUUUAUUAACUGGUGAGCACCCCAAACCGUCCAAUUACCAGGCACUAUGCUCUCUCUUUGGUCAGCGUUUACUGGGCCAAAGUAUAAUGACAGAGGUUGACAAUGAAAAAAUAGCGAAAAGAAGAUCUAUAUUAACUUCUGCAUUACGAGAUGAUUUACUUUGGGACAAACUUGAUGCAUGCUGUAAUUCAUUUAAUGAGAAAUUGAAAACAUUCGCUGAUGGAGAGACAAUAGUGAAAAUGUUUGACGAAUUUGGCUAUGUUGUGCUUGAUAUUACAAUACAGGUAUUGUGUAGUAUGGAUAACAACAGUGAUAUAAACAGAGAUCUUUAUGAAGAUUUACAACUCAUCUACAAAUCUAUUGACCAUAGUCAUAAUAAUCCCAUGAUUAAGUAUAAUCCUAUGAAGAGAAUAUACAGAGAGGAAGUCAGAGAAGCAAUCAAGCAUGUCAGGGGAAUGUUCAGGCAAUGUGUCAACCAGAGGCAAACAGCACUGGAAAAUAGUGAUAGACAACAAUUACCUCAUGAUGUUCUCACACACUGGUUAAAAACAAGUGCUGUUCAUGACACUGAAGAACUAGUGGAUGAUUUAGUUGCCUUAUUAGUUGCAGGUGUUGAUACUACUGCCAGUAUGCUGUCUUUCUGUUUGUUCCAACUUUGUAUGAAUCCAUUAGUGUAUAAGAAAGUAUAUGCUGAAGUGAAGGCUGUCAAAGAAGAAGCAAAGCUUAUCAAGUUGCCUUAUUUGGAGAAUGUACUUAAAGAAACCCUGCGAUUAUAUCCUGUUGGGAUGGGAACCAUGAGAGAGCUUAAAACUUCCAGAAUAUACAACAAUAUGAAGAUACCGGCUGCUUCCACCGUACUGGUUAGUAUGGUUGUAAUGGGAAGAGUAGAAUGGUAUUAUGACAAGCCAUUAGUAUUCAAUCCUGAUAGGUUUCAAUCAUCACAAAAUAUAACUAGAUUUGCAUAUUGUCCAUUCAGUGAAGGACCACGUUGUUGUAUUGGGCAGCAAUUAGCAAUGAUGGAAGCUAAGACUAUAUUGGCUAGGCUAGUACAAGUUUUUAAAUUCAAGUUGGUCAAGGGUCAAUCACAAGAUGUAUUAGAACAAACAACAUUAAAGCCAAAGGGAAAAUGUCAGGUGUAUAUUAUGCAAAUUUAA